AUGCGCGCGGUGGGGGGCCGGAGCGCGUCGAGGCCCAUGCCGAAGCGGCGCAAGUCCCCGGCGGUCCCCCCCGGGCAGCGUAAGCUCACGGGCGUGGCGUCCCUCGGCGCGUCCGCGCACGUAACGCCCCGCGCGGGAAGCAGGUUCGCGGCGUGUCCGAUCUGCGCAAAAAAUUUUCCCCGGCACGCGGUCGAAACCCACGCGGGCGGGUGCCUCGGGGAGCCGUCACCGACGCCGUCGACGUCCGCCCCGACGCAGCCUCCACCUUCGAACGACCCCACCCGCCGACCCGCGGCGAGGCUCAGGUCCACGAGCGGCCCCGUGGCGAGGGUUCGCAUCGGCGGCCCCGACGCCUCGUGGAUGCCCUGCGCGGUGGAGAGCCUGCGGGAGAUGGUGCCGGAUCUCCCGUUCGUGCUCGUGGAGAGGGUCAUGCCGCCGCGCGACGCGGACGCCCUCCUCGAGGACCUACGCGCGGAGGCGACGACGUGGGGCCAGGACGAGUGGUGGAUCGCGGGCGAGGCGAGGAAGGCCCCGAGGCUCACCGCCGUGUACGAGAUGCGCGUCGACGAUGCCCGAGCGGAGGCGCUCCGAAUGGCGGGCCUCGACGACGACGACGACGACGCGGAGGAUGGAGGCGGGUCCGAGCGCGUGCCCCCGCCGGGAAUGCGCGUCGCCGCCGAGCGCGCAUCCGCCGCGGUCACCGCCGCGCUCCGCUCCGUUCCGUCGCGACACCUUCCGGAUGACGUGCUCGAAUCAAUCGGCGACGAUUCGUACCAAUGGGCGCCGACGUACGCCGUCGCCAACUUUUAUCGCGACGGGUCCGACCGCGUGGGGCCCCACGCGGACCAGCUCACGUCCCUCGGGCCGUUGCCCGCCAUAGCCGGCCUGUCGCUGGGCGCGACGAGGUCGUUUCGGCUUCGUAAGCGCUGGCCGGGGAGACCGGGGGAGGACGCUUCGGACAGGUCGGGUGACGUCUGGGUGGACGUCCCGUUGCCGCACAACUCGCUCGCGGUGAUGCUCCCGCCGUGUCAGGAGCUGUGGACGCACGAGAUCGUAAGGGAGGGAGGGGGGGGCGCCGGGGGCGGGGCGCGCGACGGGAAGGCGAGGGUGAGCCUGACGUUCAGGCGGAGGGCGCGGGAUUGGGUCGAUCGAGCGCCGACGUGCGAGUGCGGCAGGAGGUGCGUGUUGAAGACGCGCCGGGGGGACGCGCCGGCUCCCGCGUUCGCGGUAAAUACUGACAACGACGGGGUGAUGGACGCCGAGGAUGGCAAGACGCCGGUGAUGUAUUAUUACACGUGCGAUCCUGUGAACGGGGGGAAGCCGUGCAAGUUUUACAAGCCCGUGAAGGUAGUGGCGUUGUGAGGGAAGCUCCGUAGAUGUAGUCGUAGAGGUAACUUUAGCCGAAAUCGUCCAUGC